UUUGACGUCAGAGUCGCUUUCCGUGCCACAUGUUUUGAAGGAGUCGAUUUAUCCCUGUAAUUUUUCCAAAAACAUCUCGGAACGGACACAUAUCUUUAUGGAUUAAGACAAUAUAUUACAUGGAAAUAUACUGGUUACUCUUUCGAAGUAAGAAUCGCAUCAAAUAAUAGUGUUUUGCAGUCUGUAAUAGCUGUCACAUCUAAUUAUGGCUCUUCCGGAGAAGAAUGAAGUUACAGCAGACCUAGAAACACAACCCAUUGUCAAUGAAGAAGAGGUAAAUGACUCUAAACAAGAGGAAGAGGAGAAUGCAGAUGGUGUUGAAGAUGCUGAUCCAGAGAUGAACUGUGAAGAUGACAAUGAUGAUGAUGGUGAAGCUAUUGACCUGGAUAUAAAUGAAGAUGAGUCUGAGAAACCAAAGGGCAAGAAAUGUAUUCCAGGUAUCGUGUAUUUGGGACACAUUCCUCCGAGAAUGAGACCAAAACACAUGCGGACUAUGCUUAGUGUGUACGGAGAGAUCGGGAGGAUCUUCCUACAGCCUGAAGAUCAUUGUGUGAAAAGAAAGAAAAAGAAGGCUGGAAGCAAUUCAUCCAGUUUCACGGAGGGCUGGGUGGAGUUCAGAGACAAGCGCAUCGCUAAGAGAGUCGCAGCCAGUCUGCACAACACACCCAUGGCCAACAAGAAGAAGAGCCGCUUCAGCAGUGACCUGUGGUCCAUAAAGUAUCUGCACAGGUUCCAGUGGUGCCAUCUCAGCGAACGAUUGGCUUACGAGCAGACGGUGUAUCAUCAGCGUAUGAGAACAGAAAUCUCCCAGGCGAAGAAGGAGACCAACUUCUACCUGGCUAGUGUGGAAAAGAGCCAGAGACUGGAGAUCCUAAGGAAGAAGAAGGAGAAGAAGGGAGAGGUCGUAGAGGAGAAGACGUGGGACUACAAACAGAGACCUACAGAAGAAGAGAUCCACCUGAAACGGUUUAAGAACAAAGGCUUGUCCAAGAAGAACCUCCAGAAGGCACAAGAGAAGAGCAAAACUAUCCAGGACAAAGCUCAAUCGAACGUUUCCCUCCUGGCCAAGAUCUUCAGUAGUGGAAGGGCUCAGGAGUGAUAUACUGAAAACGAGUUUACAUUCAAGUUUUGGUGAAUCAUCAGUUUUUCAGACAUUUUUUUUCUGUAUUUGUAUACGUCCUGUUCAACAUACAAUCUUUUAACAAAUGUUCUACUAUGUUUUUUGACACAGACCAGAUAUAAACCCCAUAUAGAUGGUUCUGAUUGACUGUUUCAUACUUUCAGAGUAAAAACACUGCAGAACUCACGAAAAUGACCCACCAUUGUAAAAACAGUGCUCUAUUUUCCCAUGAAAAGAAGCUUAACGUCUUCUGAAAGUAUAAUGCAUUGUUCAUUCAUUAAAUUGUUCUCUAAUUCUAUCCCAUGCCUGUUUGAAAAAUUUGUAAAAGUAAUUCUUUAAUUACUUUGUCAUUUGAAACUAGAAACUGUCGUUGGAUGAGUUUUUGAGAUUCAAAUUCAUUAUUAAUGCUAUUUUCAUAUUAAUAAAAGUCUUUAUGUACAAAUUGUCAUAUGUAUUGAAUUUUAACUUUUUUUUAUUAAUACAAUAUCAAUAUGAACACUGCAAAAAAUGUUUUCUUACUCAGUAUUUUUGUCUUGUUUUCCAGCCAAAAUCUCUAAAAAUUCUAAAAAAACAAGAUGUUUUCUUGAGAAUAAAAAUGACUUAAGUAAUCAUAAUUGCAUUUAAAAGCAAGAAAAAAACAUAUUUUGUAUUAUAUGUAUUUUUACAAUAUUUUAUCGCCAGAUGUUAUUUCUUGUUUUAAGAAAAAACUAAAUUGAUAAAUUUUUCAGAAAACAGGACUAAAUAUCU